AUGCAAAGCAUGAUCAGUGAUGUGAUAGAUCUUGCUCAAGCUGGUUUCAUGCUUGGAAGAAACAUAUCUGACAAUAUCCUGCUGGCUACUGAACUCAUUAAUGGCUACAAAACAAAGCAUAUCUCUCCAAGAUGUAUGAUGAAAGUGGACCUCAAGAAAGCCUAUGACUCUAUUGAGUGGCCUUUUUUGCAUAUGAUGAUGAAUGAACUUGGUUUUCCCUCCAAAUUCAUUGGAUGGGUUACGGCAUGUAUAUCAUUUUCUAUACUGAUAAAUAGUACCCCUUGUAUGCCUUUCAAGGCUAAGAAAGGAUUGAGACAAGGGGAUCCUAUGUCCCCUUUUCGUUUUGCAAUUAGAAUGGAAGCUGAUCAUAGUUCUCUUCAACUACUAUUUGAUGAUUUUAGUAAAUUUUCUCAUGCUUCAAGCCUUGUGGCAAACCUGGAGAAGAUUCAUUCGUACGUUACUGGUGUCACUGAAGAAGAGAAGAGUGGACUGCAGCUUAUUGUUCAGAUGCCAAUGGGCUCUUUCCCUUUGAAGUACCUCGGAGUUCCCCUUACAACUAGGAAACUCUUUUAUCAGGAAUGCAAACCUCUCAUUGAAAAGACUGUUGCUAGAGUCAAUGCAUGGUCAGUUAAAAAGAGUGGUCAAAGUGAAGGUAAUAAGAAGGCCCCUAUUGCUUGGGACACUCUAUGUAUGAAGAAGUCCUGUGGAGGGUGGAACUUAAAAGAUCUAGUUGUUUGGAAUAAAGUUGUUGUGGCUAAACACCUAUGGGCUAUCACUCAGAAGCAAGAUAGGAUUUGGAUAAAAUGGAUUCAUGCGUAUUACAUAAAGCAUAUCAACCCCAUAACUGUGGUCAUCCCAGUUAGGUUCUCUUGGACUCUGAAGAAGAUUUUGGUUAGCAGAGAUAUAUUCAUGGAACAUCACACCCAACACCUUCGUGUUGCAGAUCAUUUCUCAAUAAAGAAGUAA